AUGUUCACGGAGGAGCAGCGAGAAGGACCCACGGAACUCGCCUUCAAGUACGCAGUCUAUCGUAUCAAUAAGGACUCGUCGCUUCUGUCCAAUACAACGCUUGUGUACGACAUUCAGUACGUGCCUAAGGAUGACUCGUUCCAUGCAUCCAAGAAGGCGUGCGAGCAGAUAUACUUCGGCGUGCAGGCGGUGUUCGGGCCGUCCGACCCCCUGCUCGGCUCGCACAUCCAGUCCAUCUGCGACGCCCUCGACAUCCCCCACCUGGAGGCGCGGCUGGACCUCGAGCCGGAGUUCAAGGAGUUCUCGAUCAACCUCCACCCUUCGCACGAGAUCCUCAACCGCGCGUUCCAGGACGUGAUGACUUUCCUCAACUGGACGAAGGUCGCCAUCAUCUACGAGGAGGACAUCGGCCUCAUCAAGCUCCAAGAACUGGUCAAGUCUCCGCCCAAGGAACACAUGGAGUUCCUCAUAAGACAGGGCUCCACCAGUAACUACCGGGAACUUCUAAAGGAGAUUAAGAACAAGGAGAUUUACAACAUCAUCGUCGACACAAAACCGGAGCACAUGAAUCAUUUCCUCAGAGGGGUUCCAUUUACUCGUAUCAACCAGGAUAAUUUUGAUAUCAACUUUGAAUACCUCUUGUUUUCAAUAUGA